AUGGAGUCCGUCGUCAUCAACAAGAACACUGAUAAAAUCUCCAAGAAUUCUUCAAAACCUGCAACCAUAAAUCGAGAGAAGACGAUCCCACUCAUCGUCUUUAUUGUCCUUGUGACUCUCUUCUUUGCUGCAUUUGUCAGAGAAUUGCCUCGCCGCCACAAGGGAUUGACUGCCUCUGCAAUUCCAUCCUCACACCCAGUUCUCAAGAACACCUGCGCCAAGACCCUCUAUCCUUCCCUUUGUUUCUCCACUCUCUCUUCCAUUCCUUCCUCCAAAAAUGCCACCCAUCCACGACACAUCCUCGUCAUCGCUAUCAAUCUGACCUUCAACUCUGUCAAUAUUUCACAAACCCAUAUCAUGGGUCUUCUCACCCGUCAAGAUUUGAACCCACAAGAAAGGAAUGCUCUACAAGAUUGUCUGGAGAUGCUCGAUCAGACACAAUACGAGCUCCAACAAGCUCAAGCUCUCCAAGACCUACGCUAUUUCUCCUCGGCAUCAGUAGGCUUCCAUGGUAGAUUGUACAGUAACCUCAAGACCCUAUUGAGCGCGGCCAUGACCAAUGAGAACACAUGUAUCGAUGGAUUCUCUGACGUUGAAGAAGCCGACCCAGAAAGCCAGAAGGGUCUUAAAGAACACCUUCAUGGAUUGUUGGCUCCCAUAUAUCGAAUGAUCAGCAAUUGUUUGGCGAUGGUCAAGCUCAUUGAGAGCAUCAGCCGGGACGACAUGGUCUCUACCCAAAAGAUUCAAUAUCCUGAAAUGCACCCAGACGUGUUCCCGAAGUGGAUGACCGCCAGCGAUAGGAAACUUACGGAUGUGGCAGCGCAGAUAAGACCGAACCUCAUUGUUGCCACUGAUGGUAGCGGAGAUUAUCGCACAAUCGGCGAGGCAGUGAGGAUGGCGCCAAGGAUGAGCCGUUCUAGGUUUAUGAUUAAGAUAAAGACGGGAGUAUACAAGGAGAAUGUAGAGAUCCCAAGAAGCAAGACAAAUAUCAUGCUGAUUGGAGAGGGGAUGAAUUCGACGGUUAUCUCCGGGAGUAGGAACUUCGUCGAUGGAUUCUCUACCUUCAAUUCUGCUACUUUAACUGUGAUUGGAGACAGGUUCUUAGCCAGGGACCUGACCAUCAUCAAUACAUCUAGUCGGGAAAAGCGCCAAGCAGUUGCCCUCCGAGUGGCCUCCAAUUCUGCAUUCUACCGGUGCAACUUCAUCUCCUAUCAGGACACCCUUUACGCUCAUUCAUUCCGUCAGUUGUACCGAGAGUGCACGAUCCAAGGCACAAUUGAUUUCAUAUUCGGAAAUGCAGCGGCAAUAUUCCAGAACUGCCUGAUCCUGGUGCGCAAACCGAUCCCGGGCCAGAAGAACAUGAUAACUGCACAAGGAAGAGAUGACCCAAAUCAGAACACGGGCAUAUCGUUGCAGAAUUGCACAAUAAUGGCUGCACCGGAGCUCAGGUCGGUGGGGUUAGGCAGCUUUUCAACGUUCUUGGGUCGGCCGUGGAGGAACUAUUCCAGGACGGUGGUGAUGAAGAGUUACUUGGGGGAGCUCAUACACCCACAAGGCUGGUACCAGUGGGACGAGUAUAGCAGACUGGACACGGUGGAAUACGUAGAGUACAUGAACACGGGUCCGGGGUCAGACACCCGACGACGUGUUACGUGGAGUGGGUACAAGAGCAACUGCAGCGAAGAAAUAGUUCGGCGUUUUACGGUGGGGGAGUUCUUACAUGGAGCUGAUGAUUGGCUCCGGUCUACAGGUUUUCCUUUCUUUUAUGGUGCCUAG